GACGAAUCAACCUCGCGUUCAGCUGCGCACGCGCCUAUCAUGCGCACAAAGAAUAAUCGAAUAACAGAAAUUAAUAAUACAUUUCAGAUUUAUUGCAUCAAUAUUUCACCGAGUUGUUUUGAUUUUGUUUAUAAUAUAAUAGUGUAAUAAAAAAGAUAACUGUUAUUAAUGAAUUAUUAUAACGCUAUUUAGAACAGCUGAUCGUAGUGUUUACUUUGUGGCAAACUGUUUAAACUUUGAAUAUAGCGAGUGUUUUGAAAUCGGCUAUGAUCUAAUCGUGGUUUAUAUUCUGGUUCGAGUGUGUUAAUUGGUGUUAAAAUUUCGUGAGGAAUUUACGGUUUUAGGGGGGUUAUUCAGAGGUUCUUGUUUAGAUUUGAGAAUAGUGUAUUUCUUGGGAUUGUUGAAUAAGAGCUGUUUGCGAAAUGGGCAGUGUUAGUAGCAAGUUGGGUAGCUACGUAAGACCUCUUUGCUGCAAGGGUUGCAAGUCCGAUUCUUACGACCUCAAGGAUGUCAAGGACUUACCGCGACCUCCACGGCUGGAUACGUCGAAUGAUGUCAUCGAUGCGACGAAGCAAGGCGUGCUCGCGGUGCAAGGCAUCGACUUUUGUUUUGAAGCCAACGGCGAGAAUCACCAUACCAACAAAUUCAACCUGAUGACGCGUGCGGUAGACCGCUGUCUCGUAAUCAGACGAGGACAGGCUUUCAAACUGGACCUUCUCUUGAACAGACCGUACGAUGCUAGCAAAGAUGCGGUUUCAUUCAUAUUCAAUGUUUCAGAUGCGUUAUCUGAAUCAGAUGCGACGAUGCGUGGGCCGUCAAACGAGAUGUCGGCUGCUGUGCCACUUCUGGAGAAAGGCUUCGAGACCGUAGGAGGCUGGUCGGCCGUAUACGAAGGCCAGAUGGAUUCCCAUCUCAUGGUGGCGGUCACACCUGCAGUCGAUUGCAUCGUUGCUGCUUGGCGGAUGGACAUCGAUACUAAACUAAGUGGAAAUGGUUCCCUUAGCUACACGCAUCAGCAGCCAAUAUAUGUACUUUUUAAUCCUUGGUGUCUUACCGACAGCGUGUAUAUGCCAGGUCAUAAUCAUCGCGAAGAAUAUGUGCAAGAAGAUGGUGGGCUAAUGUUUAGAGGAGUUGUUAAAGUGAUUAAGCCAACACCGUGGAAUUACGCACAGUAUGAAAAAGAUAUCUUAGAAUGUGCAUUAUAUCUAGUCCGAGAAGUUGGAAAGGUGAAGGGCCACGCUCGAGGUGAUCCAAUUAGAGUGGCUCGCGCACUCUCAGCUGCUGUAAAUGUUCAAGAUGACAAUGGAGUACUGUUUGGCAAUUGGGGCAAGGAGCUUAGUGACUACAGCGGAGGCACGCAUCCACUUAAGUGGGUCGGUUCACUUAACAUUUUACAAAAGUAUUACGAGAAGAAGAAACCGGUGAAAUAUGCGCAGUGCUGGGUCUACGCUGGAGUUUUGACUACAAUUUGCAGAGCACUAGGUAUACCGUGCAGACCGGUAACAGGUUUUGAUGCCGCGCAUGACAGCGGCGGCAGUCUCACCAUAGACAUCAUCCAAGAUGAAGACGGCACUAUUCUUGAAAACUUCACCAGUGACUCUGUUUGGAACUACCAUGUCUGGAAUGAGGUAUGGAUGGAGCGACCAGACCUUGGGCCAGAAUAUGGCGGGUGGCAGGCGAUUGAUGCGACGCCACAGGAAAUGUCUGAAGAUAUGUUCAGGUGUGGGCCUGCCUCUCUACGUGCCGUACGCGAUGCUGAGGUGCAGCGCCCUUAUGAUGCCGGAUAUGUUUUUGCGCAAGUCAAUGCUGACAAGAUACUGUGGAAAUAUUCUGGUGAAAUUCAACCGCUGAAAUUAAUAAAGCGUGAUACAGUUUCGAUAGGACAGAAAAUAUCAACAAAAGCAAUCGGCAGGAUGGAAAGAGAGGACAUAACAGAUUUGUACAAAUAUCCGGAGCGUACACUUGAAGAGAGAUCUACAAUGGAAAAAGCCCUGCGUCGUUCCGGAAAUAUCUUUGCACGUUACUAUUUGAAUGACGCUUUCAAUGAUGUCGUUUUUGAUUUUGAACUACGCGAUGACAUCAAGAUAGGGCAGCAAUUUACUGUCGUGCUGCACAUGAAAAAUCGUUCCACAAUAGAGCAGUAUACCGUGAAAGGUGUACUCAGAGUGGACACUGUGACGUAUCGUGGUAAGACAGGUGACAAUGUCAAACGGUCUGACGUCGACUUAGUAUUGGGUCCUGAGGCUAAACACAAGGUCGAGAUGUUGGUCACCUUCAACGAAUAUUAUGAUAGACUAGUUGAUCAGGCAUCUUUCAACAUCGCUGCUCUUGUAACUAUAGUAGAGAAACAAUUCGAUUAUUUCGCUCAAGAUGAUUUCCGAGUGAGAAACCCUGAUAUCAAGAUUAGUAUAGAAGAUAAGCCAGUUUCUAAGAAACAGUUCACUGCAACGGUUAAGCUUGAAAACCCAUUACCCAUACCACUGAAAAAUGGAAAGUUCUACAUACAAGGACCAGGUCUGGAUACACAACUGAAGAUUGAACUAAAAGAGAACGUGGCACCCGGUGCAACUGCUACAGCACAGUUCCAAUUGACACCACCAUGGGCUGGUCGACAUCAAAUAUCCGCGAAGUUUGAUUCUAAAGAAAUGCACGACGUGGACGGUUUCUUAUCCUUCAAGGUUGCCAUGCAGCCAGAAGCCAACGGUUACCAUAACGAUGGUAUGGAGACACACCAGGUCUAAUGUGUCUUCUUGUAAAAAAAAUAUUAAUGGAAACAUGAUCAGUAGAAUUGUUUGGGUCGGCACACAAAUGGCGAAGCGCAGUAUAGAAUGCCAGCUAAUUUUCUGUCACUUUUUCUUUUGUUAUCUAUUUAUUAGGUAACACAACAGACUUUAAUCAAAAAUCAUACUUAAUAAGUAAUAACUGAAGUACUAAAUUAGUAUCCUAAAGGUGUUUACACAAUCACUUAUAAUAAAGGAAAAAAAAUAGUGAUAUG